AUGUCCUACGAAGAUAAAAGCAGGCUUACAAAGUUCACAGAACGCCCGAGUAUCUCAAACUCCAUAAUAAAAAUGUGGGUUCUGCUAGAAGGAUCACCGAGUGCUGUAAAAUUGAAAGCUGACUUAUCCGAAGCCAAAGACUUGGACGAUUUUAAAAGUAUUCUCAAAAGAGAAUUUGAAAAGUUAAAAAAGGUUGAACCGGAAGAUAUUCUAUUCUUAGAUAGCAACAACACUCCUAUUCGACCGGGCAUCAACCUCAAAUCCCUGUCAGAUAAUUCAACAGACGAAAACCCACUAAUUGUUCGUUAUCCACUUUCGAAUGCAAAUG